UCUUUUCUGAGGCCUACUUUUGUGACUAAAAUUUAAAAAUUGGCUACUUAAGAAAAUUGCCCUAAAAUUUAAUAUUUUAUCAAAAAAUAAAUAAAUCAUACGAUAUAGUUACCCUAACAAGAUAAUUAUGUGAGUUCCCACAUAAAAUUUGUUGGUCAACUGUGUUUGUAUAAAUCAUAACUUACAAAUGGGCUAUAUGUUAAUCAUAGUGUUAGUCGAGGAAAGCGUAAUGCUAGUGUCAACUGGAUCUAAUUGCUCAUUUUACAAUGGGCCAUGAUCUAGUUGUCCUUAAGAUAUUAUGCACUGUGCUAGUUAUAGUGGCCAUUAGCCCAAUAAAGCUCGAAAAUAUAAGGAGACUAUCCACAAUUUAAUGAUUUGAAUAUUAUGACCAAUCGUUACUGGUUACUGUGAAAACAUGAUAUUGGUUUUAAGUUUUUUUACUUAACAAGGUCCGCUAAUUUCCUUCUUUUAAAUCAAGAGAAACGUGAAUUUCCUUGUUUGUUUCCAAAUUAAUAUGAAAAUAAGAAAUUGAUAAAGUAAAAUAAAAGGAGGUUAAGAACAAAAAAAAAAGAGAAAGAAAUAUAUAAAAAAGACAAAAACAAUGAAUUGAAAGAGUGGUCGGAAAGUCGAUUACUUUCUUACAAAAUCUUCACUAACACAAGCUUUUAGAGAGAAAUAGCAAAAAAAAAAGCUAUCAAUCCGCCAUAGCCGAGCUUCCUUCUUUCGUUUCAUAAUGAACCCCCAAGUUAAUAAUGACCGGAAGGAGUUUCCGGUAGAUCCCACGGCAAGGCACGAUUCAUCCAGAGGAGUAGGAGGCAAUGGUGGUGGAGGUGCGAGGUACAAGCUGAUGUCACCAGCUAAGCUUCCGAUCUCGAGGUCUACCGACAUCAUGAUUCCUCCUGGUCUGAGUCCCACUUCCUUUCUGGAAUCUCCCGUUUUCAUCUCCAACAUCAAGCCAGAACCUUCCCCUACUACUGGUUCUUUGUUCAAACCACGACCAGUUCACGUUAGCUCAAGCUCUUAUACAGGAAGACCAUUCCAUCAGGACAGCACCGAGCAAAAGUCCAGUGAAUUUGAGUUCAGACCUCCUGCUUCCACUAUGGUUUAUGCAGAGCUUGACAACCAUAAGAGAGAGCCAGCAGUCCAGUUUCAAGGCCAGGGCUAUGGAUCCUCACACUCACCUUCUUCGAUCAGUGAGGCUGCAGCUAACUCAAGUGAGCUAAGGCGGCCAACUCAAAGCUCAGAUAUUCCGGCCGGAUCUGAGCUAGAUGAAUCAGUCCAGGCAUCGCAAAAUGAUCCGAGGGGAAGUGCACCAUCAGUAUUGGCAGAUGAUGGUUACAACUGGAGAAAGUAUGGUCAAAAGCAUGUCAAAGGGAGUGAAUUCCCUCGGAGCUAUUAUAAAUGUACUCAUCCUAAUUGCGAAGUGAAAAAAUUAUUUGAAAGGUCUUAUGAUGGCCAGAUCACAGAUAUUAUUUACAAGGGUACGCAUGACCAUCCUAAGCCUCAACCUGGUCGACGAAACUCUUGUGGUCUUGGUAUGUCUGCACAAGAAGAAAGAGUAGAGAAGAGCGUGUACAACUUGUCACAAGCCAUUGAGCAAGUUGGUAACCCUGAGGUACCUCCUACAACUGAGGAUGGUGGAGAAGUUGCAGUGUCAAAUAAGAGUAAAGAUGACCAGGAUGAAGAUGAUCCAUAUACAAAACGGAGGAGGUUGGAUGGGACCAUGGAGAUAACUCCACUUGUGAAACCUAUCCGGGAGCCUCGUGUUGUUGUUCAAACUCUGAGUGAGGUUGACAUACUUGAUGAUGGUUAUAGGUGGCGUAAGUAUGGGCAGAAGGUCGUAAGAGGAAACCCAAAUCCCAGGAGCUAUUACAAGUGCACAGCGCCUGGAUGCCCAGUGAGAAAACACGUGGAGAGGGCAUCACAUGAUCCGAAAGCUGUUAUAACAACAUACGAAGGCAAACACAAUCACGAUGUCCCCACUUCAAAGUCUAGCAGCAAUCAUCAUGACAACCAGCCUCGGUUCAGACCAGGUGAAACAGACACCGUCAGCCUCAAUCUUGGUGUUGGAAUCUCGUCUGAUGGACCUGACCACACUUCCAACGAGCGUCAGCAUCAGAAUCAACAACAGCUCAUCAACCAAACUCACCCAAAUGGAGUCGGUUUCAGGUUUGUUCAUGCUGCUCCCGUUGCAUCGUACUAUGCUAGCUUAAACGGCGGUUUGAAUCAGUAUGCACCGAGAGAAACUCAGAACGAGACUCAAAACGGUGACAUCUCGUCUUUGAACCAUUCUUCUUACCCUUAUCCGCAUAACAUAGGGAGAAUACAGUCUGGUCCUUAGAAGACAAAGGAAGCGAGAGUGAUGGAUUCUUAUUAGGUUAGGAUUGGAAUGAGACCUUGUUCUAUAUGAUUCGUCUCUCUCUCUCUCUCUACUGCAGAGAGCUGAUCUUGAUUUGAAAAUAUUAUAACCACCAUAUAUAUUUGUAUGUGUCACCUGUUUUGAGUUCCAAGGAUGUGUUGUAAAAAUACAGUAUGUUGUAUGCUUUUUUCGAAAAACAAGAAACAGCAAUAUGUUAUUACAAA